AUGGUAGAAGUCACAGUGACUUUGGUGAAUCAAAUCGUAACAUGUGGAACAGUGGUAGAAGACACAGUGACUUUAGUGAAUCAAAUUGUAACACGUGGAACAGUGGUUGAAGUCACAGUGACUUUAGUGAAUCAAAUCGUAACACGUGGAACAGUGACUCCACCAUUGAUCCUGCAUCAUUGGAGGGAGGGCAAUUUACCAACUAAUGCGAAAUGUUACGUAUGUAAAAAGACUUGUGGCAGCUCAGAAUGUCUGGUCAGCAAAAGAUGUGAAUGGUGUGGCAUUACUGCUCAUACUGGAUGUUAUCGUCAAAUAUCUCCCGAGUGUAACUAUGGACCACUGCGAGAUCUCAUACUGUUUCCACAUGCAGUGUCUAUGCCCAAGACUAACUACUCUGUCAAAGAAAUGUCCAAGACUGCAGAUGAAGCUGUUGAAGAAGACGAUACUAUAUAUGAACCAGGUUCUGAUGGCGUAGUGAUUCGUUUAUUUGAUGGCAAUCAGUCAUUUAAAAGAAGAGUAUCCCGCACAAUAUCUGUUCCUAAGGACGCACACACCCAUCAAAUCCUGGAGGCAGCUCUGAAAGCUUAUCAGAUAAGUGAAGAUGCCAGAAGCUACUAUCUUGCUGAAAUCACAGAAGCAGGGUCUCAUUUGCAUGAAAGAAGGUUGAAAGAUGCAGAGCAUUGUUCUAACCUAGGUAGAAAUAACAGAGAUGGAAGACCACCCUCGCUCUUCUUACGCUGCGAGGAGAAAGAUUUGAAGAAAGGCACCAUUAGAGUGUACCCUGGUACUUUGAAAGUACCAGUAGCAUACAAGUCCAUCUCUAUCAAUAAUUUUAUUUCUGUGCAAGAAGUGAUUGAAAUGGCACUUCAUAAAUUUGGUUUGCAGGAUGAUGAACCAGAGGACUAUAAUCUUCUUGAAGUAAUCUUAGAUAAAGGUGUACAAGAAAGAAUUAUGGACAGAGAGGAGUGCCCUUGGCCACAACUAGUGGAAGCCAGAAGGAAUUCUUUAAGAAAAAUGAAACAGACAAGGUAUUAUCUCAGGCGGAUCAAAGAACAACGUGACGAAUGUUCACAAAUGUACAUCGGCAAUUUACCAAUCAAUCUGUCCGAUCACAGAUACAAACAGAUCAUCCAAAAAAAUUUAGGCGAUGUAAAAUUUACCAUAGGCACAAUGUACCCCCAAAAUGGAGCUGCAAUAUUACUUUUUGCAGAACUAGAUGCUGCUACCAAAGCUUACUAUCUUUUGAAGGAAUCAACCUGUGAUGAUAAAAGCUUGGCAGUUCAUUUCAUUCCAGAAAUUCAUGCUGAAUGUUUGGAUGAAGAUCCUGCUCCUCUGUUAGUUUUUGUUAAUGUGAAAAGUGGUGGUUGCCAAGGCAAUGAUUUAGCUCGCUGUCUUAAGUGGGGAGGCGGCUAUGAAGGGCCAGAAGAAAUAUAUCCAAUUUUACGAGCAAUUGUUGAUGCUGAAGAAAUUAAGCUGGACAGAUGGACUGUGAUUUUUGAACCUGAUGGAAAACUAGUGGAAUGCGAUAACAAAUCAAAUUCCUCCACAAGCAGCUCGGGGAAUGACGACAUGCCCAAUAUGUUUGUCAUGAACAAUUACUUUGGGCUUGGCAUUGAUGCCGAUGUCUGCCUGGCAUUCCACCUAAAACGAGAAGAAAACCCGGAAAAAUUCCAAAGCCGCAUUUACAACAAGGGCGUAUAUUUCCGAGUUAGUGUCAGGAAAAUGAUGCAGCGCCGAUCUUGUAAAGAUUUGCAUAGGGAUAUAAAAUUAGAGGUAGACGGACAAAGAAUUGAUCUACCUCCAUUGGAAGGAAUAGUUUUGCUGAAUAUUGGAAGCUGGGGCUCAGGAGCUGACAUAUGGGGUCAAGAUGAUGACGGCAGUGGUCGCUGGAAGAAACCUUCACCCUCUGAUGGCCAAUUAGAAGUCAUCGGCCUGACUGGCAUCGUCCACAUGGGCCAAAUACAAAGUGGCUUAAGGACUGGUAUCCGAAUAGCGCAAGGCUCACAUGCAACGAUGCUGAAGAAAAGCAAGCUGAAGAUCAAACGAAGAAAUACAGAACCCACUAUAUUAAAUGCUACAUCGCCAACUGAAGAUAGAAAAUCACCAGUUGACGGUGAAACAAAGAAGACUGAAGCUCCGAGACUUGUAGCAGUUCGUAGCGAGGAAUUGAACAAAGUGUAA